AUGGCUCGGAAACGGCACCCCACCAACGAGGGGGCAACGGACCCGGCGGUCGAGAAGCCGCGUAAUCGCGGGAAGGAAGAGCCGCAGAAGGGCGCGCCGACGGGAAUUCGGGAAAACGGACCCAGGCGUCGUGAUGGUGUGAAUCGUCGCGAGGCGCGUCAAACGCUGCUCCACCAGUUGAUCUGGACCGACCCGGAUACGGUGAAGAAGAUGGGCGAUGGCAAAUGGGCGGUACUCGUCGCAUCCACCGAGACCUAUGGCGCCACUCCACGCCAGAUCUGGGGUCGCACCUUCGAGAACGGGCAGGUCGUCGAGCAGGUGGUGAUCGUUGUGCAGCGAGGAGAUGCUGAUACCCCAAUACCAACACGGGAACAGCUCAACGACGGGGAACUGCCGACGCAGGUCAUCUACUGGGAGCCGACCGCCAUCAACGACAUCAAUACGACUUGUGCCACGAUUGCAAAGUUCAGCGCGUCGUGCUGGAAGGAGAUGCUCCUCGUGCCGGCCUGCCAGCUGCAGCUCUUCACCGAUUUCUUCCACUGGAUGAAGGAGACGCGCGACAACCUCUAUCGUCGCGACACCCAGUCGAUCCGUCUCGAUCGUCUGAUGUGCAUCGAGGACGUCGUGCAGGUCAUCGGGGAUUCGGCUAAUGGCCGGCGCAUCCAGUCGCCAUUCGGGAACCCGUUCAUGCAAAUGCCGAUGGCCGACGGAGGAGAAUAUCAUGGAAAUGACGACGCGGCGGCCAUCGAGGAACACGGCACGUCGGCCGAGGUGCUGCGCGCGGUGUCGGCCUGGUUGGACGCGAACGACACGAUUGGUGCCGAGACCCGAUCCCGUACCUGUCGGGCCUGUGAUCUCGGCCCACCGCCCUGGUUGAACUGCUCGAUCCCGACGCCUUGGCCCCGCCCACUUACGUCUCUGCUCAUCACCUGCCUCCCCCUUCCAAGAGAAGCUCCAAAUAAACCGAUCGUUCAA